AUGAAGAUUAUUCACACACUUCUCCUUAUCACUUUUCUCUCAUUCACCACUUCUUAUGCUUCUGUCAAUGAUUUCUGUGUAGCAAAUUUACAGGCUCCAGAUACCCCUUUUGGCUACCACUGCAAACCCCUUGCAAACAUAACAUCAGACGAUUUUGUCUUUCACAGCUUCGUAGCCGGAAACACCAAAAACUCCUUCAAUGCUGCACUUUCCUCGGCUUUUGUCACCGAUUUUCCCGCUCUUAACGGACUUGGAAUCUCCGCAGCACGACUGGACAUAGCCGAAGGUGGAUCAAUUCCAGCGCAUACUCACCCCGGUGCUACCGAAUUAUUGAUAAUGGUUCAAGGAGAAAUAACUGCUGGAUUUUUUACAACAAGUGCUGUUUACUCGAAGACGUUGAAACCGGGUGAUCUUAUGGUUUUUCCACAAGGGAUGUUGCAUUUUCAAGUUAACUCUGGUAAAGGACAGGCUACUGCUUUUCUUGCCUUUAGUAGUGCAAACCCUGGUGCUCAAUUACUUGAUCUUCUUUUGUUUUCCAAUAAUCUAUCUUCUGAAAUUGUGGCACAAACUACUUUCCUUGAUCUUGCACAAGUUAAGAAGCUUAAGGCACGUUUUGGAGGAAGAGGGUAA